UAACAUAAACCCUAAAAAGUCGCCUGAACAUUGAAGAUCUUCUGGGUUUUAAUGGAUACGGGGUUUCUUUGAACAAGGGGAAUGAAUGAUUUCAGGAAAAAAUUGGGGGUGGAAGGAGGUGGGUAUCGUUAUUACGGGAUAUGCACCGCCGGCGGAAUGUUCAGUGCCGGCGCCACCCAUCUCGCCGUCACCCCUCUCGAUGUCUUGAAGGUCAAUAUGCAGGUGAAUCCAAUCAAGUUUCACAGUAUUGCGUCGGGUCUGAAUAUUCUAUGGAAAGAAGAAGGCCCUUCGUCUCUAUGGAGAGGUUGGUCUACAAAACUAUUCGGCUAUGGUGUUCAAGGUGGAUUCAAGUUCGGUCUCUAUGAAUUCUUUAAAACAUGUUACUCAGACGUGUUGACGGGCGAAAGGCCAAGUGUCGUAUUUUUCCUCAGCAGUGCAUCUGCUCAAGUAUUUGCCGAUAUGGCGCUUUGUCCGUUUGAAGCUGUCAAAGUUCGUGUUCAAACGCAGCCCAAUUUCGCAAAGGGAUUGUCUGAUGGCUUCCCGAAACUAUAUGCACUAGAAGGACUUUCUGGCUUUUACAAGGGACUCCUUCCGCUUUGGGGGCGUAAUCUUCCAUUCUCGAUGAUCAUGUUUUCAACAUUUGAGCAUUCAGUCGACCUUAUUUACCGCAAGUUUGUUCAGAAGAGAAAGGAAGAAUGUUCAAGGACUCAACAACUAGGGGUGACGUGUUUGGCAGGGUAUACUGCCGGAGCCGUGGGUACUGUAAUUUCAAAUCCAGCCGAUAACAUAGUGUCGACUCUAUAUAACAAAAAGGCCAACACGGUGCUGCAGGCUGCAAGGAGCAUUGGGCUCGUAAAUUUGUUCACUAGAAGUCUUUCUAUAAGAGUUGCACUCGUGGGACCUGUUGUGACGCUCCAAUGGUUUUUCUACGAUACCAUUAAAGUGUUUAACGGACUGCCAACAAGUGGAGGGCUUAGCAGAGGUAUAGAAGGUGCUGCAUGAAGAAACUUAUAAUCAUCAAGAAGAAGCAGAUGCGGUUAUAUGCCACCCCCCAUGUCGAUAUUGGCAUUCCGUUUUUGGAAAUGGGGAUUUGAUGGGUGCGUUUAUUGCUUACCCGAAGUCGUUAAACGGCCAUUUCGUAUCAAACUCGAUAACA